GUGCGGAGAUGGCCGGCUCAGUCAGCAGCCGGAGUCUGAGCGAGUCGGUCGCGUCCCGCCCCCGCGGCACAUCCCGCGACGAACAACUACACUCGCAGUUCUAUUUCCAACCGCGAGCCACUUCCUGGAUCAUGCACAAGGAUUUUCAGUGAACGUGAACGCUCGUCUCCGCGCCCGGCACGGUUUGACCGUUCAACUUUCUAGUUAAAACUUCAAAGUGACGGACCAGAAGCUAAUUUCAUUGUGAUUGGAUGCACAAUGUCUGUGCCAUGACGUCCGCCCGCUAUGGCAGUGUCUCAUCGCCCGGCCGCCAGCACCUCCGCAGCAUGCGCGCUCCUGCUCGUUGCCCUUAUUCCGAUACUUCAUGGCGAAGAACAAUCAUCGUGUCCGACUUUGGCUGAAAACCCAAUAUGUCCCUGCUACAACUUCAAAGAAGGUCUAUUUCUGGAAUGCCCCAGCGCUACGCCUGCCGCAGUGAAAAAUAUCGUCACAAAAAUAAAGGGCUCUAUUCAGUCACUGUCAAUUUAUGAUCUUGCAACUGCAAAUACCGAAUUAAACGCAGAAUUGUUCCCACCAAAAGUCAGGAUAAUUGGUCUGCAAAUAUCUCAGACGCACAUCAGCAGCAUCAGCUCAAAUGCAUUCAGUGCCCUCAGGGAUUCUUUGGAAUCACUCAGCAUCGUUUCCAGCAAACUGAACAAGAUUCCACACGAGUCUCUUUUUGAACUACCCAAUAUUGAAGCACUCGACUUGCAACUAAACGAUAUUGAAGAAAUACCAGCUAAUAAUUUCAGAAAUCUCAAAUUGAAGAAACUAAAUCUGAAGGGAAAUAAGAUAUUCAAUAUUUCCGAACAUGCAUUUUUCAACCUUGAAAACCAUUUGAUUGAGCUCGAUCUAACCGAGAAUUUUAUCAAUGAGUUUCCUUUGAAGGCUUUAGGAAAGUUACAUAAGAUAGCUACUUUGAGACUAUCGUGGAAUAAAAUUCGUUCACUGCCCGGAGAUGUAGGAAUUGUAUUACCUACUCUUUCUUCAUUAGAUUUAAGUUCAAAUUAUUUAAAUAAAAUUAACAAAGACUGUUUUCAAUCGAUGCCAAAGUUAAGAACAUUAACGUUAUUUAAUAAUCAAAUAGAGGAACUAAGUGAACAAUCGUUUAGCUCUUUAGAAUUAUUGGAGUCUCUGGACCUAAGCCGUAACAAAAUUGUGUCAUUAAAUAGAAACAUAUUUCAAAAUAAUAAAAACAUUCGCACUAUAGAUUUUAGCUACAACCACUUACAUAAUGUAAAAAGUGUAUUCGCAAACCUUUACCAUGUUUCGGAAAUAUUUCUAUCAGAAAAUAAUAUUCUUGAAAUUACUGAAGAUGAUUUUCGAAACUGUAAAAGCUUAACUGUUCUCAAUUUAGAGCAUAACGCUAUAAGGAUAUUAAGUGAAAACAGUUUUUCUUCCUUACAAAAUCUCACUCAAUUCCACAUGGGAACAAAUUUUUUGAAAAAACUUCCACGAAAUGUAUUUAAAAAUAAUAGUGGACUUGUAACUUUAAGCUUAGAUAAUAAUAACAUAAACGAAUUAGAUGAGUUAAUAUUUGAUAACCUAGUCACUUUAAGAGAAAUAAGAUUACAGAAUAAUAGAAUACAUCAUAUAAAACGUAAUGUAUUUAGUCCUUUACCGGGUCUUUUAGAGCUUCAUCUACAGAAUAAUGUUAUUCAAACCAUAGAUUCCCAUGCUUUCAUUACUUUACGAAACCUUCAGCAUGUUAAUUUACAGGGGAACCGUUUGUCAACUAUUGGAGAUGUUUUCCCAAACAGAAAUUCAUCUAUCGUUUCAAUUAAUAUUGGAGCCAAUAGUCUAUCGUUAUUGAAAAAUAGCUCCCUGAGGGGGCAAGUGAAUGUGCGUAUAAUGUGGCUAAGCCAAAAUAAUCUUAAAAGUUUAACUUCUAAUUUAUUCAACGAUUUGUUAAGCAUUGAAAGGCUGUAUGUAAAGAAUAAUAAUAUUGUACAAAUAGAAAAUAAGACAUUUAUGCAACUAAAAAAGAUAAAGUUUUUAGAUCUAAGCAACAACAGACUUGCCAAGUUAACCAACGAAACUUUUUAUAAAAUUACAACAUUGGAAGAGUUGUACUUACAAGGAAACCAAAUCAAGGAUAUUCACAAAAACACAUUUGUCCAUUUACAGAAAUUAAAAGUUUUAGACUUAUCCGAAAAUGAAUUGACUGCUCUUACUUUUGAUAUUUCAGAGCUGGCUAUAAAGCAACUUCGUCUAAAUAAAAACUUCAUUUCAACAAUAGAACUUGGAGUUCUUCAAACUUUGCCCAAUUUGAGUGACUUGGAAAUGAACAAUAAUGUCUUAACAUCAGAAGAUAUUAUACAAGUUCAAAUAUCUGGCUUGAAGGCCCUCAUAAUUUCUAGUAAUCAUUUUCAUCAACUGGAAAACCAAACAUUUUCUCACUUACCGUCGUUGCAGACUCUUGCUUUAGAGAGUUCAAACAUAUCGCAGUUACCAGCCACAACGUUUAUAAAGAACCAAAACCUUUUAAGGAUAAAUUUAGCAUUCAAUAGUCUGAAAGAUUUACAUAAAGAUGUGUUCGCGUACACCACAAUUUUACAAGAACUUAAUUUGAGGGGCAAUCUUUUUACAGAAUUCCCGCAUGUGGCUCUAUUUAACGUAACGUCAUUAGAAGUACUUGAUCUAUGCCAUAACCAGCUGCACAUAAUAGACUUUUUUAAGUUUAUUGGCUUACAAAAUUUACGUAGUCUGAGUAUGUGCAAUAAUCAGAUAUCAGUUUUAUAUGGAUUUAGUACUCCAUCACUCAAAAACUUGGUCACACUUAAUUUAAGCAAUAACAUGUUAACAGUUUUACCACCCAACUUUUUUCUGCAUUCUGUUGGUUUAAAAGAAAUUGAUGUAUCAUUUAAUUUAUUCAAGCAUAUUCCUAGCAAUGGACUGUCCGAAGCAGUGCUUCCAGCACUUAAACUCCUGAAUAUGUCAUCAAACUCAUUGACUCAGCUGUUGCCGACAUCUCCAUCGAAACAGUUUCCACUUCUGGAGGAACUUGUGGUGACUGGAACUAACCUAACGAUCAUAACGAGUAAAGAUUUUGAAAAUUUCCCUUCACUGAAAAAGUUAAUAUUGACGCAAAACUCAAUCAUUAGAUUAUCACCUGGAGCUUUUUUGAAGUUAAAUAAUUUAGAAUCCUUGGAUUUGAGUAAGAACAAGUUAGAAUACAUACCAAGAGAAAGGUUACAAGGGCUAUUCUCGGCACGUCUUGUGAAUAUUUCAUAUAACACACUCAAAGAACUUGAAGAAUUUACAUCAGACUUAAGAAACUUGCAGAAACUGGACAUUUCAUACAACCACAUAACGAAAAUCACUAAAGAAGUAUUCAGUGGGCUACAGAGUCUGACGGAACUAUACCUGAGUGGUAACUGGCUCUCGGCUAUAUCAACCGAAGCAUUCCGCAGUUUGAACAAAAUCACACACAUCGACUUGAGUCGAAAUUACUUUGAAGUCAUACAGAUGAAGAUGCUUAUACAUUUUGAAACGCAAAUAAAAAGCAUUUCCUUUGAUGAAAACCCUCUAACGUGUGAUUGUGAAUCGCAAGAUGUAUGGCGGUGGAUGCAGGACCACUAUAAAAUCGUCCUGAAAGGCAGCAGCAACUUGCGCUGCGAGCAUCCCGAAGACCUCCACGGAUAUAGCUAUCUCUCUCUCACUUCGCAAAAACUAUGCAACUCUCCCGUUGUCGUGAGAGUGGCCAUACAAGAUAUACAGACAUAUUCUGUCGUGGUAUCUUGGCAGGGCCGAAACCAAAGCGGCUUAAAUGGCUUUCAAGUUGCUUACUAUGGUGAACAGAAUCCAACAAUGAUCCGUGGAAAAGUUCUAAACGCUACUGCCAGAUCAACUAGGCUGAUACACCUGACGCCUGGCGCUAAAUACACUAUUUGUGUCAUUGCGAUUGGGAAUUUCGGCCUCCUAGCCGCUUCCACCGACUCAUUCACUCCCAACGCAAGAAUCGCUCCCUCGAAUAAUAACACUAGUGCUCACUUGUUUGGAGACGAACAAAUAUUUACUAACGUCCGUCAAUAUAUGAACGAUUCUCUGACCAGUAAAUGCACGACUGUCAAUACUAUAGAAAUUUUUGGUACAGCUAUAGAUAGUCCAUUUUCAAAUACGUAUAUGGGUAUCGCUGACAUACUAGCUAGGAGACUAAGUCUGGUUGUGGGUUGUUGCAUGGGUUUCAUAGUGUUUGUGGUGUUGGUGGUGGCGCUGGGCUACAUGAAGAGCAAGAAGCGGCCCGGAGUGAUCAAGGCGGAGGUGCAGCAGCAGGUCCCGCAGUUCAUCUCGUACGACAACUUCUCCGUGCCAGGCGGCGCCGACGGCGGGCCAGCCACCGACAUCGAUAUAAAUACCAUAUCAGACAAAACAAAACAGUAAACAAAAAACAACCGAGCUAUGAAAUCAAAAGUGACCUUUUCUUACCGAGUUAUUAAUCUUAAACACAUUCGCAGAAUAUUUCCCACCUGAAGUAAUGAGUAGGGUCGUGAGUUGCCCAGACCUUUCAUACCCUUAUCGUCUUUGAAAAGUUCUUUGAGAAGUUUGACAGACAUGAAUUAUUACGACUGAGAGCUAUCAAUAACAAAUGUGUGAUAAUCGAAAAAGUUUUCUUGGAAGGAAACGAUUUGUUUACUUGUCCUUGUGAGAGGGUAAUUUUCCUUAUUGGAUUUAAGUAUUUGUUGUUACAUGGAGUGAGAGGCGAAGUAGUAAGGCGUGCAGGCGGGCGUGAGUCGGCGGCACUCCCGAGUCUCAUAUUGCUCGCUGAAGCCGGGCCCGUUUGUGCACCGUCAUCCGAGUAAUUCCCCACUCGCUAACCGCCCCUUGAUCUCAUCUCUAAGGAAAGAUAUCACUCAACAAAGAACACCUAUUCUUGAGCCCUGCCUUGUUUUGUUACAUGUUUUGAAAGUACCUAUUGUAAAACUGUUUGUUAUUUCUAUUGUGAUUCGGAUGCGUUUAUAUUUCUGUUGAAUUGUAUUUAAUGUAAUAAUCUAUAUGAAGAGGUUGCACCAAAUUGUGAUUGUUAUAGUUUAGAAGUUGUUUCAAUAUAAGUAAUUAUAAUUACUUACUGUGUAAUUUUAUGAGCAAGUAAGGACCUAUAGCGUUUAUACUAUUUAUUUUCAAUACCAUUGUAGCUAUACCAUGUUCACUGCAGUUUUACAAACACCAUCAUAAUUAAAGACUGUGUGAUGGAUGUUGUAUCAGAUUUACUUACUAUUCUAGGUAAAUGUAAGAAAUAGCUUAGAUUAAUGUAUGUGAUAGAUAAUAUAAAACAAUUGUAUAUUAAACUUUAAAAAUCAUGAAAUAUGAAAAAUAUGUGUUAAACAUUAGUAUUAUCUGGCGUACUAUAUUAAUGGUAUAAAAAUAUCAGUCCUUAAUGUAAAAAGUAACACCGUACCAAAAAUCUUGAUAAUAUCUUUGUCAUAAACACAAAAUAAUCCGUUUGUAAAUACAAGCGUAGAAUUAAUAAUAAAAAACAAAAGUUAA